UCCCUGUCAGAAUCCAGGAAGUGGAUCGCUCGCUGUUGUUUGUGUUCCUUGGUCGCUCUUCGUGUCUAUUUUUCUGAUUCGAUUCUGCGCUUUUACGGGACGAAAUGGCGACGUUUAUUUCAGUCCCGUUAAAAAAAUCCUCCGAGGUCGAUCUGGUGAAACCGCUGUCGAAAUUUGUCACAGCCUCGUAUCCUGCGGCCGAGGAGCAGGGAGAGUAUCUCCGCGCCGUGGAGGAGCUCAACAAGCUCCGCAAGAACGCGCUGGGAAGGCCGCUGGACAAACACGAGAGCUCCCUGGAGAUUAUUCUCAGAUACUAUGACCAACUGUGUGCUGUUGAGCCCAAGUUCCCCUUCUCUGAAAACCAGCUCUGCUUAACCUUCACAUGGAAGGAUGCCUUUGAUAAAGGAUCACUGUUUAGCGGCUCAGCCAAGCUCGCUUUGGCCAGUUUGGGCUACGAGAAGACGUGUGUGCUGUUCAAUGUCGCAGCUCUGGCCAGUCAGAUCGCUGCAGAGCAGAAUCUGGACAACGACGAGGGACUGAAGGCUGCAGCCAAAUUCUAUCAGCUGGCCAGUGGAGCGUUUGGUCACAUCAAGGACACGGUGCUCUCUGCUCUGAACAGGGAGCCCACCGGGGACAUCUCCCCUGAGACUGUAGGCGCUCUGAGCCUCAUCAUGCUGGCCCAGGCCCAGGAGGUCUUCUUCCUCAAAGCCACGUCAGAUAAGAUGAAGGAUGCUGUCAUUGCGAAGCUGGCCAAUCAGGCGGCAGAUUUCUUCGGCGACGCCUUCAAGCAGUGUCAGUACAAAGACAACCUCUCCAAGCAUCAGUAUUUGACGGGAAGUUUGAAGCAUACGGCUUUCUUAUGUUAUUUUUAUUUUCAGGAAGUGCUGCCUGUGCUGGCGGCCAAGCACUGCAUCAUGCAGGCCAACGCCGAGCUGCACCAGAGCAUCCUGGCCAAGCAGAAGAAGCGCUUUGGAGAGGAGAUCGCUCGUCUGCAGCACGCAGCAGAGCUGGUGAAGACGGUGGCGUCUCGUUAUGACGAGUACGUGAGCGUCAAGGAUCUGAGUGACAAGAUUAACCGAGCUCUCACUGCAGCCAAAAAAGACAAUGACUUUAUCUACCACGACCGUGUGCCUGAAGUCAAGGACCUGGAUCAUAUUGGCAAAGCAGCGCUGGUCAAAGCUACGGCCAUCACACCUCCACUCAGCCAGAAAUUCACAGACUUGUUUGAGAAGAUGGUUCCCAUGGCCGUGCAGCAGUCGAUGAGCAUUUACAACCAGAGGAAAGCUGAGACUGUGAACAGACUGGUGGGAACGAUGAGGGAAGCCACCAACCUCUGCAACGGGGUGUUGGCAUCCCUAAACCUGCCAGCUGCUCUAGAGGACCUGUCUGGAGACUCUAUCCCACAAUCCAUUGCUGAGAAGGCCAGAUCCAUCGUGCAACAGGGAGGGCUGCAGAGCAUCGAGCAGCUAAUCAAAGACCUGCCUGAGCUGUUGACUCGCAACAGAGAGAUCCUGGACGAGUCUCUGAAGAUGCUGGACGAUGAAGAGACAACAGACAACGAGCUGAGAACCAAGUUCAACCAGCGCUGGAGUAGAACCCCCUCUGGAGACCUGUACAAGCCCCUUCGUACAGAGGGUGCUAACUUCCGCAACAUCUUGGACAAGGCGGUGCAGGCCGACCAGGUGGUGAAAGACCGCUACAACACCCACUGUGACAUGAUCACCCUGCUGUGUAAACCCGAGAACGAGCUCAAUGCUGCCAUCCCCUCCGCCAACCCGACCAGGACACUGCAAGGCAGCGAGGUGGUGAAUGUGCUGCGCUCCCAGCUCGCUCAGCUGGACGAGAUAAAGAAGGAGAGGGAGACCUUGGAGGGGGAAAUCAAGGCCGUGACCUUCGACAUGUGCACCACCUUCCUGACGGCGCUCGCCCAGGACGGAGCCAUCAAUGAGGAGCAGCUGUCCCUCGCUCAGCUCGACCAGUUGUACAGCGCCUACAACCAGAGAGUACAGGCCAGCCUCCGUUCACAGGAAGAGCUGCUGGGACAAGUUCAGACGUCCCACCAGGAGUUCAGCAGUCUGAAGCAGUCCAACACGGAGGCCAACCAGAGGGAGGAGGUCCUGAAGAAGCUGGCUGCAGCCCACGACAGCUACGUUGAGAUCAGCAGCAACCUGCGCGAAGGCACCAAGUUCUAUAACGACUUGACAGAAAUCCUGCUUAAGUUCCAGAACAAAUGCAGCGACAUCGUUUUCGCUCGUAAGACAGAGCGGGAUGAACUCCUCAAGGAGCUGCAGCAGAGCAUCGCUCGAGAGCCCAGCGCUCCAUCCUUCAACGUUCCUGCCUAUCAGAGCACCCCUGCUGCCCCCGCUGGCGGCCCAACCCCGGCUCCCAGAUCUGUCUUUGUCCAGCAGCCUCAACAACCUCAGCCGCCAAAGCCCCAACCUCCAGCCAGACCACCUCCGCCGACCUUCACCCCUCAGGCUGCCGCCACCAACCCCACCACUACACCACCUACUGGCGCUCCCAGCAACAACCCACCACCUGUGGCCCCGCCCACCCAGGCCCAGGGACCACCUUACCCGACCUACCAAGGCUACCCAGGGUACUCGCACUUCCCGAUGGGCUACAACCCCUACGCUUACGGCCAGUAUAAUAUGCCGCCCUACAUGCCCUACCAGGGGACCCCAGGACAGGGCGGAUACCCAGGAGCCCCUCCAGUAGGACAGCCCUACCCCGGCUACCCCCAGCAGCCCCCACAGCAACAGCCCUACUACCCUCAGCAAUAACUCUCCUCCCGAUCGCCUCAUUCCUCUUCUCACAUGUUAACACCAAAUAAAAUAUGUCCCCAGCAAUAACACUUCAUCUCCAUCAGUCCUUCCCCCCUCUUAUACUUUCUGUCUCACUAACAGCAACUGUUCGAAGGCGGACCUCAGAGCUGCUUCGCACUUCUCCCUGAAAACCUUUUUAUUACUUUAGUGUACUUUAUUCCAUACUCCAAAAAAAAAUGUCUUUCUUUUUCAUCUCAUAUUUCCUGGAUUCUGACGGCACUUUCCCUAGAAGAUCUUUAUCAGUGCACUAACCCCCUCCUCUUUCCUGUGAGGUUAUUUUUUACGUACUCAUUUUUCUAAUGGUUUUGUUGAUUUUGUUUAAUUUAAAUUCUAACCCGUUUCCUCUGAUAACUGACUGGAGCUGGACUGCUGUACAACACUCACGGAGGGACACAGAAUUCCCAAAAUGGCUCUUCGGUUCCUGGUUUCUGGAAGCGUUUGUGUGUGUUGGGUGGGUGGACGGACGGAUGGAUGGUCAUGACUGGUCACACCACUGAUGGGAGGCCACAUCCUCACUCCCCCCCCCCCACCUACUCAAUCAACCCCCAGCGCUCCUAUAUCAACUAUAUUCCUAUUUUUGUAAUGAAUACUGAUGCCUCACUGAUGUAUAAACCGAUAAAAAUGAAUGGCCUGCAGGUUUUCUAAUGUAGUUGAUGACUGUUGAGAGUUGUGCUCUUUUUCUUCUCGCUUUUUUGUCUCUCUCUGUCACCCGGGGAAUGUGGGUUUAUUUCUGUGUUACAAUCAGAGGCUGUACAAGUGGGAGAAAUGGUUCUAUUAUAUAAAUAUAUGUAUAAAUAAGACUCUGUUUGUGGUUAACCGAGACACUCUGUAUGCUGCACUCUCAUGCUCUUUGUGUUUAUUUUUAUUCCUCAGCUCUAAUGUGAUUAAAAACAACUGCCAGCCAGAA